UCUCUCUCUAGAAGGGGAAAAAAAAAAGUCUAUCUGUCAAAGAAGAAGAAAGAAAGAAAAGCCUCUUUCUCAAGUAAAAAAAGAAAAUGGCUUCUCUUUUUAAUAUUCCUUUACAGUACUUCUUUCCUACUGGAAAAGAUAUUCCUUUCUCUAGACGUCAAUCUCCAGGGGUUUUCAUGGCCAAAGUCUUCCCACGUAAACCCAUGGAGGUUAGGAACAUGGGAAAACAUCAGAGCUUGGAGGAUACAGACGUUCGAGUGAGACAUUCCAUGCCACCAGAAAAGAUAGAAAUAUUUAAAUCCAUGGAAGAAUGGGCCACGAACAAUGUCUUGACGCACCUAAGACCAGUCGAGAAGUCAUGGCAACCGCAGGAUUUCCUGCCCCACCCUCACUCAGAAGACUUCUUCGAUCAGAUACGCGAAAUAAGGGCCCGAGCAGUGGACAUUCCUGAUGAUUACUAUGUAUGCUUGGUCGGAGAUAUGAUCACUGAGGAAGCCCUUCCAACAUACCAAACCAUGCUCAACAGCUUGUAUGGCACUCAGGAUGAGACGGGCGCAAGCCCCACUUCGUGGGCCAUCUGGUCAAGGUCUUGGACGGCUGAGGAGAACCGGCAUGGAGACCUCCUCAACAAAUAUCUCUACUUGUGUGGAAGGGUAGACAUGAGACAGGUCGAGAAAACAAUUCAAUAUCUUAUCGGCUCGGGAGUGGAUUGGCAAUUCGAGAAUAGCCCUUAUCUUGCAUUCAUCUACACUUCCUUUCAAGAAAGAGCAACCUUCAUCGCACACACAAACACAGCUAAGCAUGCCAAGUACUAUGGGGACACCAAUCUGGCAAAGAUCUGCCAUACGAUCGCCGGGGACGAGAAGCGUCACGAGAAAGCCUACACCAAGAUCGUCGAGAAGUUAUUCGAGAUCGAUCCAGACACCAUGAUGCAAUGCUUUGCCCACAUGAUGAAGAGGAGGAUCACCAUGCCGGGCUAUUUGAUGUUCGACGGUCAGGAUCAAGACCUGUUCCUCCAUUACUCUACUGUGGCCGAGAGGAUGGGUGUGUAUACGGUCCGGGAUUAUGUGGACAUUGUUGAAUUCUUUGUGGCGAGAUGGAAGGUCGAUAAGAUUGCAAUGGGUUUAUCUGGAGAGGGACGGAGGGCCCAAGAUUAUUUGUGUAAUCUGGCCACAAGAAUCAAGAAAAUAGAGGAGAGAGCUGUGGCCAGAGCCAAGAAAUCUUGGGUCAUUCCUUUUAGUUGGGUUUUUAACAAAGAAGUUAUUUGUAAUUAACUACAAGGAUUCCUAGUUGGAAACCAUUGCUAAGUCCUAAUAGAGUCGAGCUUUUCAUGAUAUACAGUUCUGGUUUGUUAUGGGUUGUUUUUAAGUUGCAAAGCUAGUAUUUUGUUGUCCUUGAACUAUUUUGAAUUAGAGUUUCCAUUGGGAGUGCUAUGAUUAUAGUUGUAAUCAAACUACAUUAAGGAAAUAAGUAUUAUAAGUUGGUAA